ACAGUGCCCUUGGUUAGCUUCAUGCAUGCUGGAUUGAGAGGCUAGCAGGCUAACAUUUAUCAUGUAAAACAAUUUAUAACAUUUCCCGAUCGCGUCAAUCCCCGGGUUUGUCUCACACGAUGCCUCUACACAAGUAUCCCCCAAAGAUCUGGGAAGCCCUGAAGCUGCAGAAAGGCAUCUACGCGCGUCUGCCGCAGCAUUACCUGCGCUCUCUGCAGGACACCUCUCCUCCCACCACUGUGCACUGGAAACCCCUGGGUGUCAAAUACAGGAUCAAUCCUGAUACGAGACAACGAGAGAGAGUCCAGGAUGUGCCAAUCCCCGUUUACUAUCCUCCAGAGUCACAGGAUGGACUCUGGGGUGGAGAAGGCUGGAUAUCUGGCUUCAGAUAUGCCAAAGACGACAAGCUUUCCACAAGACUGCCCAAAACCUGGAAGCCCCAGCUGUUUACAAGAGAGCUGUACAGCGAGAUCCUCGACCAGAAGUUCAGUGUGACAGUCACUUCUCGAACACUGGACCUUAUCGAUGCCGCUUUUGGCUUCGACUUCUACAUUCUGAAGACCCCAAAACAAGAUUUGAACUCCAAAUUCGGUAUGAAUCUAAAACGAGCGAUGCUUCUACGGCUGGCACGCAAAGACACAGACCUGUACCCCGAGGAUCAACAGCGCAGAGAGAAAAUCUACAAGCGCUACAAGCAGUUUGAGGUGCCAGAGGAGGAGGCUGAAUGGGUGGGCUUGAGUCUGGAGGAGGCAGUCGAGAAACAGAGACUACUGGAGAAAAAGGAUCCAGAGCCGCUCUACAAGGGUCUGGUGAAGAGUCUCGUGCAGGAGCUCGCCCUUAAGAAGCUCUCAGAGCCACAGAUUGUGGAGAAGAAAUGAAACCAUCUUCCCUGUUUGAAAGAGAAACGUGUAUUUAUUUGUGUUAUCAUCACCAGAAGCUGUGUGCUUGUGUUCUGUAAAUAUAUCAUUUUUACUUAAUAAACCGAUUAAAA